AUGUACUUCGCCAACUGGUGGACAGCACAGCCCCCUAUCCAGAAGGAUGUUACACAAGAGAUGAUUCCCUUUGCUGCUCCUGCACAUCCGUGUGGAAGAAAGGGAAUGGGGAAGGCUAUUGGCAAUCAAGAGUGCUGUUUUGUCCCACAUGUUGACAAGAUUCUUGUUGUUGAAGCAGCAUUCGACCAGGCACAGCCAGGCCCCACCUGUCUCCACCAGGCCCCGUCCAUCGCCACCAGUUCCCAUUCGUCGUCACCAGUUCCCAUCUGUCGCCACCUGGCCCCACCUGUCUCCACCAGUCCCCAUCUAUCGCCACCUGUCUUCACCGGGCCCCAUCUAUCACCACCGGUCCGCAUCUGUCGCCACCAGUCGCCAUCUGGCCCCACCUAUCGCCACCAGACCUUACCUAUCGCCACCAGUCCCCAUGUGUCGCCACCGGACCCCAUCUAUCGCUACCGGUCCCUGUCUGUCGUCACCAGGCCCCAUCAGUCCCCAACUAUCGCCACCGGGCCCCAUCAGUCCCCAACCAUCGCCACCAGGCCGCACCUGUCUCCACCAGGCCGCAUUGGUCUCCACCAGGCCGCACCAGUCUCCACCAGGCGCCACCGGUCUCCACCAGGCCGCAGCACCGGUCUCCAUCAGGCCCCACCGGUCUCAACCAGGCCCCACCGGUCUCCACCAGACACCACCGGUCUCCACCGGCCGCACCAGUCUCCACCAGGCGCCACCGGUCUCCACCAGGCCGCAGCACCGGUCUCCACCAGGCCCCACCGGUCUCAACCAGGCCCCAUCGGUCUCCACCAGACACCACCGGUCUCCACCAGGCUCCUCCGGUCUCCACCAGGCCCCACCGGUCCCCACCAGGCCCCACCUGUAUCCACCUGGCCCCAGCUGUCGCCACCGGGUCCCGUCAUUCGCCAUCGGGCCCCACCUGUCUCCACCAGGCCCCACCUGUCGCCACCUGGCCCCAGCUGUCGCCACCAGGACCCACCUGUCGCCACCUGGCCCCUACCUGUCCUCACCCCCUUCGCGGGUAAAGGAGCCUGUGGGGGCUGA